AUGUCUGCAUUAGAUCUACCUAAGAUAGUCGAUUCCCUUCAACUGAAGAAAGUCAAACAAAGGAAUGAUUCACUACAACUUCUACGAUCCUUUUCAGUUGCAAAACUCAAACUCACACCGAGGCACUUUGUCGUGCUUCUGGAAGGGAUCCUCAAACUCAUCGAGAUAGAAAGAGACAUCUAUGGAAACAACCCAACCUCAGCCACCCAGCAACGUCUAUUGACAGCAUCCACCAUGCUCAAGGAUAUCCUUGAAGAAUCGUUGAAAAGAGGUCAACUACGAUACAAGCAUUGCACGAGCCUCUUUUCUAGCGUGAUUUCAUCAUUCUUCCUUCCAGAAACACACUCCAUUCUAGCACCCUGUGCCAUUGACUUCGCCAAGAUCCUCCAAAGCCUUCUAAGGGAACCGUUUUUCCUUACUCAUUUACCAAUCGACUCUUGGAACCGAGGCUACAAGUUUUUGGUCAGGCUGCUAACUGCUGCAUUAGACACCAACGAGCAUCAUGACUACCAGUUCUCUCACGAGUCCCUAUUAACUGAUCUACUAAGUUCAUUGCAUUGCAUUAUUGGAGGUGCCACCCAAGAUAUAUAUGAACCCCUCAAGAGGCUGAAGCUCUAUGUUCCAUUACGAAAGAUUCUCAGCGAUGUGUUCGAGAUUUAUAACAAACGCGAGAGCUCCGUGCUCGUCGAAGCAUUGAAAGUCACCAACAAGCUCUUGAUCACGUUAGCAUCCGAGGAUUUUAAUUUCUGUCAUAAAUUGAUUCACACAGCACUUCAACCAUUGAUCAACUUCGCUCAUACAAUGGUGGAUGGAAUUUUAACUCAGUUCGUUAUUCUUAUCAACCUCGAAAGCUUUCACAGAUACCUCAGCAUUGACUCUCUUCCUAAGCUUAUCACUAACGAUCUCGUCGAGGAUUCCAGUGAGGAAGAGGGUUCCACCAGAAAGCGGCUGGACCCCUUCCCCACCAGUACAAACCAAGGCGAAUCCACGACAUACAAUAUUGGAGUUCUUGCUCAGGCGCUUCUUGAUAGAAUAGCAGGCCUGAGUAACAAGCUUUUGGAAAGCGACAUAGAUUUCGAGGAAAAUGAAACUGCCAAAAGCUGGUUCGACUUAGCGUCAAUUCGUUUGAAGACUGGACAAGAUGUUCAAUGGCUCCUUCUUCGUGGCACAGUGAGACUUAUCGUGGCAUACUACAACCUUUGCAUGGAAGAGACAUACUCCAACUUUAACCAAAGCUUUCUUUCAAGUAAACUUAAGAGAGUGAAACUUCAAGGCACAGUUCUCAAUAUCAAAUCAUUUGAAAGUAUGGAUGCGCUCUUGAAACAUAUGAUUGGAUUCUCCAAGGAUGUAAGACUUCAGAUUUUAGGGCUACAACUACUCAUUUUUACAAAGGAUUCUCAGACUGUUGAUAAAUCACUACAAUUGGAUAAAAAGAGAUCGCACCUGGAAAAUGAUGUCACCAUGAAUAACGAUGAAACAACCAUCAUCGAUGUUCAUCUCGACGAAGAUGUAAACCCGGGUGAUGAGGACUGCAACUACUUAUCUCAGCUAUUGAAAUACUUCAACAAUAGGGACCUUACGUUCUGGUACUUGAGCUCGCUCGAUGUUACGACAAUCAGAUGA